AUGGAGGGCGAAUUGCCUUUUUCCCAGAAGUACAGAGUUCUGAAAAAUGGAGAAGGGAGGGCGUUGCGUUGCCCGCCCGAAGACGUCAUCACGCACAGUGGCUCGCUGCCCCCGGGCCAUGGACGCCCCCUCUGGGCAGCUUGUUCCGAAAGCUAUUUGUUGAUCGGCCUCGAAGGCUCGCUGGCGGGCCGCGCGGGAUCUGUGGUGGGCCGGACUGGAAGCUCCAGAAAACUCGUGAAAUCUUCAGUAUCUCGGCUAUCGGAAAAGAAACGGACGAAGGUUACUGAACUUGUCACUCCUCCCAUCCAGGAGGAACCUGAACCUGUUAGCAAUGUCCUACAGGGAGAUGAUAUUCUGGCUUUGGCCAUUAAGGAGGAGGACUUAAAGAAGCAACAUGUUCCCCAUCCUCCUGCCCAGGAAGAGAAAACUAUUGCCCAUCAAGUUUUGAUUCGAAAGCGUAAAAUUCAAAAGGUUAAGAAGGUGACACGUCAUUUGGUAGCUCACCCUGCUACUCCUGAAGCAGCCACAAAACCUUUAGAUUUCUCUGGGCCAGCAGAGGAAAGCUCUGAUGGUAGAGAACAGAUUCUCCCCCACAAGAUUUUGGGAACUCUCUAUGACCUCAAGAGAAUAGCGAUUGCUCGAGGAAACAUGAGGUUGGCUGAAAUGAUCUCAGACACUACCGGUAUGGACAGUGUCAUCCUCUCGGUACCAGAGGAGCCAAAGAAAAAACCCAGAAAAGUGAAAGUAGAGCUCUGGCAACCACCUUCUCAGCAUAAGUCUCUGAAGAACUGGAAACGAAAUAUGACCCUGAGGAAGAAACAACAAGAAGUUCUCAGUGAAUAUCUGAAGAAGCCAGUGAAUGAGCUGCUGAUGAAUACAGGGGAGGGUUUCAGACGGGUACAGGAAGAACGGAAUCUGAUUGAACGUUCCAUUGCUGCUUUACAUUAUGGGAAGGGGACUGAGGUCGACUGUGAUUUUUGGAGCCAGCCUGAAUUUAUUGGAGAUGAAUUAACAGGUCUGGUGACCCAAUGGCCUCGUGGCUACCGACAGCCCAUCGUUCAUGUCGGGAAGCCCCAGAGCAUCCAAAUGGAAUCAGGACUGCCAUCCACGAGGGAGCCUUGGUUCCGUUUCACAUGGGAUAAGAGUCUCUUUUUGAUUGAUCGGCGAAAGGAGCUACGUUCUAUUCUGAAGGAGUUGGACUUUAACCAGCCAGACAUUGAUGGCCUCGAAGUUGUUGGUAAAGGACAGCCUUUCUCAUCUGUCUCUGCACAGCACUUCCCAGGCCUUAAGGAUGUCAAGGAAAGUACAUCUGAACAACAGCCUUCAAAUCCUUUAGUUAACUAUCCUGAUGUAGUUCCCAUGCCUUUCCUUGGUCCUUCUUUGCUGUUCUGUGGGAAACCAGCAUGCUGGCUUGACAGUACCCUACCACCAGGAGAGAAAGAAAUCGGCAUUGCUGUUCGUUUGACCUUUGAGACAAUGGAAGGGGAGAGAACAUCUUCUGUCCUAACAGUUGUAAACAAUGGCACUGCAGCUAUUUGGUAUAAUUGGAGGCGGCUCCAACAGCCUGACGCCUUUGAAGAGUUUAAAGAGAGUAGACGACAACGAUUUUACUUUAACACCAAGGAAGGUGUGAUUCUUCCUGGGGAAACGAAGGACUAUAUAUUCUUCUUCAAGUCUCCAGAUGCAGGAAUCUUCAGGGAGUACUGGGAGUUCGGAACCCACCCAACCCUGUUAGGAGGAGCUUUACUGCAGGUCACUCUGCGGGGUGUUGCUCUAAGCCAAGAUAUUUUGAAGGAAGAAAGAAAUACAUUGGCGGCUAAACUAGCUAACCAAGCAGCUGUCACCAUUGUGGAGGAUGUGCUGGAUGAGCUGCUGAGAGGGGUCUGGUCCCCUGAGCGAGCUGCGUCCCCAGUUGAUGCUUACCUCACCGAGGAAGAUCUGUUCUCCCACAGAAACCCUCAGCUACAUUAUCAGCAUCAAGUGGUGCGAGAGCUCCAGGAACUAUGGAAUGAAUACAUGGUACCAUCCCCUUCAACUCCUCCCGGAGAGGAAGAAGCUGCUCCAGGACAGGUAGAGGGGCAACCAUUAGUUGAAAAGUUCUCAGUGGGUUCUUAUAAGAGCCAUAUAAGUGAAAAGUCAAAAAGCUCUGUGGGGGAAAGCCAGAGGGCCUUGAGAAGGACUCUUUCAGGCAAGAAAGAAUCUAAGUCAUCUCUCCAAUCCUCGAAGAAUGUUGUGCUUAAGGUUGCUGAUGACCGGAAAGAACCAGGAGCGGAGCCCAUGGAGCUGCCAGAGAUAUCGGACACAAUUCCCGAGUACCCCAAGUGGAAUCUUUGUGUGGAUGAUUUCAAAAAGGCAGUGUUGGAGCUCCCUGAAGAGGAACAGCGAGAGGAUGCCCUGACCAGGCUUAACAAGAGGGCCCUGGAUCUAUGCGCAGAGCAGAAGCCGUUGCAGUCAGACAUCCUGUACCAGACGUGUUACCAGCUGUGGCGAGAUGUAAUUGAUGGUCUGGUGAGCCAUUCCAUGUGGCUGAAGUCUCUGUUAGGCCUGCCUGACAAGGAUUCUUUUUAUGUGGAAGGCCCAGAGGAACUGAUAGAGGCAAAACCAUCUGGGAAAAUUGGAAGAGAGGACCGGAAAGUUUUGAGCCAGGAAAAGAAGGUGUUUGGUUUAAAGGAAGAGAAGAAAGUACCUUCAAGAUCACCGGGAAGAGAGGACCGUGAUCGUUCCAACAGCAAGAAGAAGACAAGGGAUGACAAGAGAAUGCAGAAGUCCCCAAGUCGGAACGGGAAGGACAGAAUAUUAGGAGAUGACUUGGCUACGGAGCAGAGUAUCUCCCCCUCAGAAUCAGUGGAUCCACAAAUCCAGGAGAAAUAUAACCAGAGGCUUUACAUUGAGGUGUAUGGCCUGCUGGACUCCUUAGUGACUAAUAUGAUGCUGCUUUUUGAUGAGCUCAAGACCUCAGGGGCAACUCGGCACAAUACUGUAGUCUCGUGAACCUCUCUCUUUUUCUGCCUGACCUGUCUCUGAGCAGCCAUCAGAGAAAUAAAAAUAAAUGUGUAGGUUUCCAUAACUCCCAUCUAUCGAUGCACGUUUCUAGAUCUCAAAGGACUCAGGUCAUUGGCCGGAUCUUUCCACAUCUUCCAUCACACUCAGAGCUCCCCAGACAUCAGCUGGCCUUUCCUUCCAACCUGGGGCAUCCUACAGCAAGAGGAUAAUGAUGUAACAGGAGGAAAUGACCUCAGGGAUGACAAGAAGAAGAACGAGUUGGUAGGAGACUGGUUGGGACACUGAUGGAAGUGACUUGAGAAGGAGUCACCCCUGUUUGGUCUCUUCCACUUUGUACCCUUCCUUCAGACUUCCCAGAUCCACCUACCUGCGAGGCUGGCUUCGUGAUCAAGAGCUAGCAUCCGGAUGCCUGGGCAGUGGAAUGUGGCAGGGCAGAUCAAAAAGUUACAUUUACCUCACCCGACUCUAUUUUGAAGCUGCUCUCCAGUGUGUGUGUGUGUGUACAUGUAUGUAAUGGGAAAUUAUAUAAAUCAUAUAAUUAAUCCAUUCUAACUGGGAUAAUUGGGGCUGGAAACCAUUUGGGGUCAGUCAUCCUAAUCCAUUCUCUCCAAGUCCCAAGACCGUAUACAGGCUUUGGUUGUCAUUCUGCUAGCUGUCCCUUUGUUCCCACACUUCUGUGUACCUCAGUUUCCUCAGUUAUAACAUGGGGAUAAUAAUAUCAGGCUUGUUGCGGGUUAUCAAAUUAAUUGGCUUAUGUAAAAUGCUUUGUAAAUCUUCAAGAGCUAGCUAGAGGGGC